CUGUUUAGUUUUCAAACGAGACGUGUCUGCAGCAGUUUAAAAGGCAGCAAAAAUAUUUCGUCUAAUAUUUUAAUUAAGAAACAUAUUUAAUUAAUUUUCUUUAAUUUAAAACGAAAAAUAAACAAUAUGAAGUGUUUAAGUCGUUCUACUCUGGGUGUUGUUAUAGGCGCUAUAAAUGUUUUCGGUUUUAGCGUGACUGUUAUUUAUAUUAUAACUGUAUUGUGUGAAUUUAGUGGUUUAUCGGAGGAGGACAAACGUGAAUAUGAUGACGUAUUAAGCACAUCCGUUACUCUACUCUAUAUACUUUUGGUUAUAUGUGUAAUUGCCAUCAUUAUAUCGGGUCUACUCAUAGUGGGCAUUGUUAAGAGACGCCAAUCACUAAUGAAACCUUGGAUAUAUUCUGCUGCAGCUGGUAUUUUUUGUCAUACAUUCCGUAUAGUAAUUGGUUUUAUUGGUGGCUUUAUAGUUGGUCUACCAUUCGGUGAUGUUUUUUGGGCAUUUAUCCUAGGUCUUUUGACAUUGGUCAGUUAA